CGAACGUUAAAAUCGAAUAAAUAGUCGUCUGCAAGAAGACUCAAAGCAGACGUCACAAUACACCACGACGUUGUGGUAUCAUAAUAGUGGAGCGCGAGUAAGUGUCAAUUUGAUUAUUGUCAUCAUUUCUGUAAGUAUCGGUAGUUCUGUCAAGAUCAUUUGGAAUUUCUACCGAUGAUCGACAAAUCGCGCAUACGUAUUUCUGUGGGUGCCGUGAGGCGGCGAGAAAGGCCACCUCUUUAAAUUAAAAGAAGGAAUGACGCUAGAAAAUCCGUUCUUUGUCGUCAAGGACGAAGUUUGUAAGGCCUUAAAUAAAAAUCGCGGUUUAUACGGGCGCUGGACAGAAUUGCAGGAUGUUGUUGUCACGAGUCCUACCGUAAGUGGGGGAAUCCCAAUUUCACGCGACGAGUUAGAGUGGACUACUACUGAAUUACGGAAAGCCUUACGUUCGAUCGAAUGGGAUCUUGAUGAUUUAGAGUACACGAUCCAUAUCCUUUGAU